AUGCCGCCUAGUCACCGAACCCCACUCUUAACAUUUGCAGAUGGCGUAAGCUAUCACACUGCUAAGCUAAAAGCAAAGCCAACAGUCUCCGUUACGUUUGAACCGCCACCGCCGGAACUAUCGAUCAACGAGGAUCACUUAGUCGACAUUGAAAGAAUCACCAAUUACUCUACCCCGCCUUCAACUUCUUGGACAAGCUCUUAUGAAGAUAGCCAUGAUAUAUAUUUCUGUGAUUAUUGUGCUCAGCAUAACUUACAACAUCACCGAGAAUGGCAACCUGGAAACCUCAUAAAACGUCGCCAAGAUUUUCAAGUCACUGUCGGUGUUGCCGGAUCUACUGGGAGUGGCAAGACAUCUGCCCUAAACGCGCUUCUGGGCUAUCGUGAGUUGUUGCCUACCGACAAUGCAGAAGCAGCCACAGCUGUACCAUGCAAGAUUGCUUAUAACAGCGAUAUCAGACCUGAGUUCAAAUUCCGAGCACUCGUCACCUUUCGCAAGCGAGAAGACUUAGUGAAGCAACUAGACCAGCUUUUCGAAGACCUAAAGGGCAGAAACGAACUUCAUGAUAUUCUUUCAAAGUCAGACGAGGAUCUCGACGCCCUCCGACUCAUCAAUUCCAUCGUCAAGCCAAGCCUUGAGUUGGUCAAGACCGUGUUUGGUCUCCGGGAUGAUGAGAUCAAGGGAAUGACAACUGAUGAUCUCCUCGCCCGUAAUGUAGACGUUGAUCGGGUCUUAGGGACGACAAAAUGCUUCCACGGUAGCAAACCAGAUGAAUUUUCUGACACGGUCAGACACUACAUGGAUUCCACCAGUGCGAAGCACGGCGACCAUGGCCUUAAUUUCCCAGCUUGGCCCCUUGUGGACGGGGUAGAGAUUCUAGUGAAGUCUGAUAUCCUUCGUAAUGGUGUAGUGCUCGUUGAUUUGCCUGGCCUGGCUGACUCGGUUGAGAGUCGUGCUGCAGUCGCCGAACGAUACUUCCCACAAUUGGCUGCUACUCUUAUUGUAUCCCCUGCACGUCGAGCGGCGGAUGAUUCUACCUCAGUCAAACUGUUAUCUGAUCAUCAGGAACUUCGAAUGAAACUUGAUGGCAAGUUCCAUAAGCGCGGUUACUGCGUCGUUGUCUCUCAAAUUGACGAAAUUGAGCGGAGGUCUGAUUUCAAAAAAGAAUGGGCAAAGUCCAACAAAGAGCUGCAGCAGCUUAUCAAACGAGAGCAGGAACUCAAGUCACAGAGGGCGAAGGCCGAAACUGAAAAAAGGAAAGUGACAAGUAAAUUAUCGAAGCUCAAAGCAGAAUUACAAGGUGUUACCAGUAAACUCAAAAAGAUAAAGGGACCUACCAAAGAGUCCAAAAUUUCAUCUCGAAAGGUAGCUUCACUGAAAUCGAAACGGACCAGCGCCAUAACCGCCGUAACGGAGCAAAAAUUGGCUCUCACGAGACUGAAAGAGGUAAUUUACGGCCUGGAGAAAAGUAUCAAGGAUGUCGAGGGGAAUAUAAUAUUUCUCUGUGUGAAAGAAAGAAACAGGAUUUUGACGGAACGAAUUCAACAAGAUUUCCAGACCCGUCAAGCUCUAUUGGCUUCUAAUCGUGGUGACGAAAUGAGAGUCACAUACGACGGUCAGGUGUCCAUAUGUCCGAUCAGUUCCAAAGCAUACUGGCAGUGUUCCGAUGAAGAAGAAAUCCUAACCGGGUUUCCAAGUCGCCAAUACUCGGGAAUCCCCAACCUCAAGGAGUGGAUAUCUCAUUCAACGAUCCCGGAAAGGGAGGCCCAUGCCGAUAGUCUCCUCUGUGACCUCAUCAAUCUCUUCAAUAUGAUCCAAACAUGGUCUAAGGAAGGGGGGAGCCAGAGUCGAUUAUUUAUUAGCAAAGAAUUAGCCGAGAAAGAGAUCAUGUCAAAUGCCCAUGAUCAUAUAAAGAAGGAGCUUGACGAGUACUGGGAGAAAUUCAACCAGACCGUCCAAAAGAAGAAUCCGCUUCAAGACAAGAAAGGAACCAUAGGUGAUUGCGUCCGGCGCUGUAUUAAGAUCGUGCGAGGCUGGUCUUACAAGCACCCCGGAGAUGAUGCUUCACCAGCAAAGAUUCAUUGGAAUACCUACCAAGCGAACAUUCGUCGCAAUGGUGGUAGGUUUACAAGUAGAUCGGGCCGCGAUCGCAUGGAGUAUUACUGGAUGCAAGACGUCUCAGAUGUGCUCCUAGAGACAAUUGUCCAAGAUUGGAACAAUGCUCUGAAUCAUGAUAUCCUUAACCUUGGAAACGAGGCUUUUAAUGCCAUCGAUGCCAUCUGGGAGAACUUUCUUACGCGAUUACGAAUUCAUGUCCAGGAAACUCUCCCUCAACUUCUACCUUUCCUAGACGACGUGAUUCAUAGUCUUGAUCCCAUCAAAUCGAACAUCAGCGAUCAAGUCCGACAGGCGCUAGUGGCAAUUUCUAAGAAUGCAUCCCACGUGCACCCUGAAACCGUAAACAUGAUCCAGAUGACAUGGAAACCUGCCUUCCGGGAUGCUUCGGAAGAGUGUGGGUCCUUAGCGAGGCGAAAGCAUGUGAUUGCAGAGUUUGCAUCGAAGAACAGCUGGGAAAUGUAUAAUACCGCCUUCACGACAUUGGCUGACCGGCUCAGGAAGAGCUUCGGUAAGUUCUCCGGGAGGUUGGAUAACAUAUCUGCCUUGGCAGUGAAUCAAAUAGAGGCUCAUAUUCAUGCGUUCCUGGACAAUAUAUCUCCUCAGCAUGACGCAGGGAAUGGGGCACUUAUGAAAAAAGCCGAGCUCCAACAAUACGUCCGCAACAUCGUACUUCAGUGGGACCUCGAAUGGAAGGCUCCCGAGACAUUUACUAAUGGCCGGAUGAAUGCCGAGGAUGUAGUGCUUCCAACUACAUACUACCAGACAAAAGAAGACGAUAUAGAGUUGGAUGAUGACGAGUCUAUGACAAUGGACGAUGGCGAUACUUUAUUUACUUGACUGGAU